GGCAAUCCUGGAUCUCCUCGUGCCGUGAUGACUCGGCACUGCAGGUGGCAAGAAGCGCGGCGGAAGCCCUCUGCACUUGCGCAGGGGCCCUCUUGACGCCCAGGCCCAUCUGCUGCCCGCUCCUUCCCGGCCGCGGCGGCUCCUCCUCUACCCGCCCCUCCGCGUGCCCUGAUCCGGCUCAUCGGGGACGAGAAGCGGUGGGAGGCCGGGCAGCAGGCGGAAGCGAGGAGGGAAGGACGCGCCGCGGCGCCGGCCAGCAGCUGAGUCCGCCUCUGCCUGCUCCUCUCCCGGCCACCAUGCGCACCUUCCCGGGCGCCGUGGCGGCCUUGCUCUGGCUCUCGCUCCUGCUCGUCCUGCCCGCCUUGGCCGCCGUGGCUCCUCCGCCCAGUGUCGCCGCUGCCGCUGCCUCCUCCUCGGGCUCCGGCUCCAACAGCUCGGGGCUCUCGGAGCCGCCGGCCGGGAACCGCAGCGAGGGCGCCCAGCGGAGCCCCAUGUGGGCUCUGCUGCGGGACUUGCCUGCGCUCAAGGCCGCCGUCAUCGGGGCUUGCGCCGCCAGCGUGGGGCUCAUCGCCUGCCUGCUCCUCCGCGUCCUCAGGUGCGUAGUUGGGGGGUUGCCAGCUGCUUCCGCAGCCCGCGGCUCCUCUGCCUUUUGCAGCGCAGAACUGGAGCGGCCGCGAGCCUGCUGGGUUGGGAAGCUGCAGUGGGCGCAAGAGGAGGCCAGGCCGGGAGCCCCCCAUCCGCACCCAGGCCGGCUCAUAGCUGUCAACUUUCAGAUUUGAAAAGAAGGGAUCAUCAGCCUCGAAAAUAAGGGAUCAGCAGCCUCACCUGUCCCGGGGACAGUCUAACAAUCCGGGAUAGCAGCGGGAAACGGCGCUGGAAUAAGGGAAUUUCCCGCAAAAAAAGGGAAGGUUAACAGCUAUGGCCCAGCUUGCUUCUUUGGCACCCUUCGGCAAGGGGGUGGUGAUGGUGGGCCGGAGUGGAGGGUGUCAUCUAAAGGCGGCAGGACAAUUGGAGGCAUUGUCUGGUACGCCCAGAGUACUUCGUGCACAUUAGAAACGUCUUUUAUCAGAUUGCACAUUCUUUUGAAUGGGCGAUGUGCAUGUUUCAUGUUGCUCCUGCAAACUGCUUUUGUUUCCCUUUGGGCAAAAGGCGGAUGUAAACCUCAAGUGAAUAAAUUACCUUGGUAAUCUUUAUGAUGAUUCAGAAAGGUAGGCUAGUAUCAGUUGUCCACUAUAUUAUAAAUUGGCUGAGAGAUAAAAGGUUUGCUUCUUUAGCUGCUUGCCAGUAGUACUUCCUAGUUAAAUAGUGGCCUGCCCUUUUAGUAUUUAAAGCGCAGUCCUCUACAAUGCUUACUCAGAAGUAAACCCCGCCACCUUCAGCGGGGCUUAUUCUCAAACAGUUUAUGUUGGAUUGCCACCUUAAUAUGCUUCAUGUACAUCAAAUCGGUAAUCUUCACAACAGCCCUGUAAGGUAGGUCAGUAUUCGUUAUUCUCAUGUAGUAAGGGUUGGGGCUCACUCUGAAAUAACUUUGUUUCUUAAAAGACUAGUCAGUAUUGGCAUAAGUGCUUUAGCAUGUCCAAACUGCUUUGUUCUGACAUUUAUUUGCAGGCUUCCUCAACCUAGUGCCUGCAGGUGUUGGACUACAACUCCCAUCAGCCCCAGUCAGCAUGGCAAAUGGUGAGGGAUGAUGGAGGUUGUAGUCCAACAACAUCUGGAGGGCUCCAGACCAGGGAAGGCUUAUUUAUUGUACUAUUCCCUUAGAGCUGGAAGUUGUUCAUAGAAACUGCAUCUUCAGAAGUCUUAUUCUUAACAUUAAGGGAUAAAAACCCAUUGCAAAAUAGGCUUUCCUGUACCAGGAGUCAGCAAACCUUUUUCAGCAGAGGGCCGGUCCACUGUCCCUCAGACCUUGUGCGGGGCCGGACUGUAUUUUGUGGGGGGGAAAUGAAUGAAUUCCUAUGCCCCACAAAUAACCCAGAUGUGCAUUUUAUUUAAGGACACAUUCUACUCAUGUAAAAACAUGCUGAUUCCCGGACAGUCCGUGGGCCAGAUUUAGGCGGCGAUUGGGCCAGAUCUGGCCCCUGGGCCUUAGUUUGACUACCCAUGUCCUAUACUAACUCAGUAAACCUUGUUGCAACCCUUUAAGAAAGUUGGGCUGUAUUUAUUAUUGCCAUGUUCCAGCUGAGAGUGACUUGCCUAUUCCCCCAUCUCUUUUCAUAUCUACCAUGAAAACUGCAUUUCUUUAAAUGGGGGGUGGGGUGGAGAUGGGAUUCCCCUUUCAGGGGUCUUUUUUGCUCCCCAUCUUUACUGGACCCUUCAUGUUUUGGAGGGGUGCUCUCUGCCUUUUGCAAGCUUUGCUGUACAUGUGUGUGUAUGUUUUGAAAAGACCUAUCAGAGUUGUAUCUCUCUCAUAAUUGAAUCAUAGUUUCUUGAGCAGGGUUUACACAAGGUGCAAGGUACCCCCUGCCCGACCUUGUUCCAACAGAGUUUCCCUGGGGAAUGGCAGUAAGGAAAAGUCACUUCCUUUUUUUGUUUUUAAAAUAAUCUUUAUUCUUGUUAUACAUUAAUUUACAUUAAACUAUACACAUAUCAAACCACAUAUUACAUACAUACAUACAAACAUUACACACCCAAUACAUACCCAACAUACCUACAAUCUGACGUUUACACCACACAAAGUAGACUUCCGACUCAUUCUCCUUGAGCUUUGUUACCAAUCAUAUCUAUAUACGCAUGUCAUGUUUGUUCUUCUGUUUUUUCUUAACAAUUAUCUAAACUAGUGUUACUAAACCUUCUCUUUAUUUACAAGAUUUAAUCUAUGUCUGCCAGGAGACUUGCGUUGUCCGUAUAAUUUUUGAGAUAUUCUUUGAAUAUUGACCAUUCUUCGUUGACUUUUUGAACAGUAGAGGAAAAGUCACUUCCAAUGCAGAGCUAAGGAGUCCUGUAACAGCCUCACCUGGACAGCCUCCCACUGUCUGCACACUUGAAAAUCUCGCACUUCCAGUGGUAAACUGGACCAAGUGCUUUGCUAAGUGGAAGCUAAGUCUUUUCUUAGCUUUUCAUGCUGAAGCAGACCAUUGGUCCAUCUAGCUCAAUAUUGGCUAUACUGAUUGGCAGCAAGGACUUUCUAGGGCAAGGUUUCCCAAACUUGAAUCUCCAGCUGAUUUUGGACUACAAUUCCCAUCAUCCCUGACUAGCUCAGGAUGAUGGGAUUUGUAGUCUAAAAACAGCUGGAAACCAGUUCUAGGGUUUCAAACAAGGGUGUUUCUUAGGCCCUACCAGAAAGAUGCCAGGGAUUUAACCUGGGAUGUUUUGCCACUGAGCUAAGGCCUUCCUUGCAAUCUCUCUUCUGAUGGCACAGAGGACUAGGGAUAUCAGAAACUGUGGUAAAAGGAUCAGACUAUUUGCCUUUGGCUCAGUAUUGGCAGUGACUGACUCCCCAGGAUCUCCGGCAGAGACCUUUCCCACUAACAGCUACCUGGUCCUUCUUAAACAUGAACGAUUGGGAAUUAAAUGUAUGACUGUCUGCAUUCAAAACAUGUCCCCUUCCACACUGAACUAUGUUCCCCUGAUGCCACAUCAGGCUUGCUUGUCUUUGUGGGUGUUUUUCUCUCUGCAGGAUGCAUCUGUGACCAAAGGUUACACUGCUUGCAAAUAUUUCUGAAAGCCGGUCAUGUGUCUUUCCUGAAAAGAGGAUUCUGCCUCUCCCAACAGGAAUUCCUCUUGGUGGAGGAAAACAAUAGUUGGAACUGCCUUUAGUGCUUUGGAGGCAAAAACGAGCAGCAGUUUUUUAAGUACACAGAGUUAAAACGCCCCCUGGCCUGCCAGUGAUCGUUGUGUUCCUGGGAACCUGUCUUUCUGGUAUGAGUCAUUCUCCUGUCAUGUUGUCAAAAAGGAGAAGGCGCUGCAGGUGCAGUUGUCAUGGAGGGGAUGAGGAAAUGUCGUGGAAGGGAUGAGGAAGCUGGGCUCUGAAGGUUACACUUCUGCACACCUCCCCCGGCCCAUUGCUAAAUGUUUGAAGCUUGUGAUGUUGGUGUCAAAGGCCAUAGCUCAGUGGCAGAAUAAUUGCUUUGCCUGCAUAAGAUCCCAAGUUCAAUCCUUGGUAGCUCCGGGUGGGGCUAGGAAAGAUCCUGUUCCUAAAUCACUCAGAGUAAACACUACUAAGCUAAAUGGGUGAAUGGUCUGACGUUAAGUGUUUUCAGCUUUGUAAGUGAUGGCAGGACCUUUAGGUUGACAAUUACUUGUUAUAUGAGUGCCUCUUUGCAGCAUUUGAAAUUCGCCAGGCGCAUUUUGCACCUGGCUAUCGUCCACUUGGAACCAAGUGAAGAUGCCCGGGUGCAAGGAUGGUGCCUGACAUCCCCAGCAUCUGGAGGUGCAUGUCAUUGGAUUUUGCCUGUUUUCGCACACUAAUAACACAUCUUGUAGAAUUCUAUCCCUGAUAUUUUAUCUGCACAAUCAGGACAAAUUUUAGGAACCAAAAUGUCAUACUGAAAAAUACGACUUUUGAACUGUCUGGCCCUAAAAUGGCAGCUAGACAUUCUGUUUUGGUGACUGUAACCCUGGCUUAAAGAGCCAUUUGGUUGCUAGCUUAUAUAUCUGAGUUUCUAAUGCUGCAUCUGUGUUAAGUUUUUUUGUUAACUUUUCUAAGUUGUUGCAAGAGUUUUGCUGGAAGCAACUCAGAAAUUGAACUAAGAAUAACAGCAACAAUAUAGGAAGCUGUCUUCUUCCAGGACAGAUAUACCUCAGGGUUGUUUGCAUGGACUGGCAGUGAUUCAGCUUCCCAAAUUCUACCUGGAGAUUUGGGGCCAAAUUCUGCAUGGAAAGCCAGUGCUGUAUCAUGGAGCUGUGGCCGAGAGAUGACUGGUCUGUUAAUUUGACUCCUCUAAAGGAAGCCUGCAAAUAGCCACUUGCCUGCUCACCUGUGGCACAUAUGAAUUUUCUCCAGGUGAUCAAGCAAGGAAGCUUCACACACAACACACCCACAGCCAUUGUUGCAUUGAUAUAUGUGAUUGGAAUUAGCAGCCUAGUAGAAACUAGGCUAGUGCUCAUUUUGUGAAACUGAUUGGCAAGGCUACCUUAGGUUGACAUAGUAUAAUGCAGACUUAAAUCAGUUUAGCAACCGUUCAUUCACCAGGAAACCCUGGAAAUAGUUGUUUCAUGGAGGGUGCUAGAAGCAUGAAUGGUACCACUUGAGGAUAUCAGGUGGACAGUCUUGUGACUUACGUCACUGAGACACUUGAAGCUUGCACUUGAGCAAACUGAGCCAAAAAGUGUGUGUGUUUUUCUAGCCCCGCUCAGGGGUAUUCUGCAUGCCUAAAGGCUACAUGUGAUUAUGGCCAAGGUAUAGCAAUAAUAUUGUGUAUGACCAGAACUGGAUGCAGUAUCAAAAGGGUGGAUGUGUUGCCCAACCUGUAAUGGCCCCGCAGAAAUCUUCGUAUCGGCCUCAGGCCCUUUGUGACUUGCCAACAGGAAUAUACUGGGUAUGUGGAACAUGGAAAGGUAAAUUGCUCCCUCCACGAUGGGAUGGGAUCUGUACACUAACUAGCUGAUGGCUUUCCAGCAGGGUUACACAAAUUAACUAUGUAGCACCAUGUAGGGGUGAAAAGGCUUAGCGAUGUCACAGAAAGAGAACGGUUUUGUAAAAAGCAGUAAAAUGUAUUGGCAGAGUUCCUCCCCUCGACGCUGCACUCUCAAAUUUUGCCCUGCUCAAAAAGUGCCUGGUGUGUUGCCUUUCCUUGGAGUUUGGGUAGGUGAAUCAUCCUUUCCCCCUGCUAUGUUGACUUUGCCAAGAGGUAUGUCGAAGGCAUCCCAGUAGUGAUGUAUGGAAGUGAGAGCUGGACCAUGAAGAAGGCUGAAGAAUUGAUGCUUUUGAAUUAUGGUGCUGGAGGAGACUCUUGAGAGUCCCAUGGACUGCAAGAAGAUCAAACCUCUCCAUUCUUAAGGAAAUCAGCCCUGAGUGCUCACUGGAAGGACAGAUCCUGAAGCUGAGGCUCCAAUACUUUGGCCACUUCAUGAGAAGAGAAGACUCGCUGAAAAAGACCCUGAUGUUGGGAAAGAUGGAGGGCACAAGGAGAAGGGGACGACAGAGGACGAGAUGGUUAGAUAGUGUUCUCGAAGCUACCAGCAUGAGUUAGACCAAGCUGCGGGAGGCAGUGGAAGACAGAAGUGUCUGGCGUGCUCUGGUCCAUGGGGUCACGAAGAGUCGGACACAACUAAACAACAACAUGUCGAAGGCCAGCAAUGUGCAGCCUAUUCUGAACUGGUGCCAGAUUCAUCAGGGGCCCUUCCAUGAUUAAUUUGUUUGGGGUGGGGAACCUGCAGCCUUCCAGAUUCUGUUGUACUCCAACUUCCACCAGCCCUAGGUGAUAGGAUCAUUAAGAAUAUAAGAAGACCGUGCUGGAUUAGGCCAGUGGCUCAUCCAGUCCAGCAUCCUGUUCUCACAGUGGCCAACCAGAAGCCUGUAGGAAACCUGCAAGCAGGACCUGAGCACAAGAGCUCUUUCCACUCCUGUGGUUUCCAGAAACUAGGAAACCAAGUUGGUGGCCAUCACUGUCUCCUGUGGGAGAGAGUUCCAUAGUUAAACUAUUUACGUCAGGGGCCAGCAAACUUUUUCAGCAGGGGGCCGGUUUACUGUGCCUCAGACCUUGUGAGGGGCCGGACUUUAUUUUUUUUGGGGGGAAAUGAAUGAAUUCCUAUGCCCCACAAAUAACCCAGAAAUGCAUUUUUUUAAAAGCACACAUUCUACUCACGUUAAAACACCAGGCAGGCCCCACAAAUAACCCAGAAAUGCAUUUUAAAUAAAAGGACGCAUUCUACUCAUGUAAAAACACGCUGAUUCCGUAGGCUGGAUUGAGAAGGCGAUUGGGCCGGAUCCAGCCCCCGGGCCUUAGUUUGCCUACCCAUGAUUUACAUCUAUGCCUAAUGAGAAAUGGCAACGCAGUUUCCCACGAUUAUCCUGGGGUGUGUGCAUGGUGGAGGACAAUUAUUUCCAAUAUGGAGUGGGGCAGCCUCCCGCCAUCCAUUGGCCCCCAAACAGUACAGCUGUGUCGGAUGGGACUGAUGGGAGUUACAGUCCAAAAGAUAUGGAGUGCAUCAGGUAAGGGACAAUGAAUGUAGGGUCUCCUGCUUGCUUUAGCCUCAUGAAUGUAUUGAUCUGCAGCUGCAAGUAUCAAGGACCGUAUUUCUUCCCCCAAUCUUGCUUCUCAAGAGUGGUGGUGCUGCCGGCUCAGAGUGGGAGGGGGCCACGUCUUGGGAUCAUGGGGUCAGGAGCGGAUCCUUUUAAUCCUGAUGGCUGCCUGGCUAAAAAUAGAUUAAAGGCUGAAGAGCAGUCUGAUCAGCGGGCAAGCUGACAGAGAGCGAUUGCAGCCUCUGCGUGAUGGGGAGCAGCUGUUCUUCAUGUGACUGAGUGCUUGGUCAGAAUCACAGCUGGUGAAUGGAAAGGGCUGAGUGAGAGUGGCCAUAGACUCCACCUUUCUCCAUCCCCCUCCCCCCUCUGUCUCCUAGCUGUCUUCUUGCUGAGUUCUAAGUUUAAGCAUCCAGAUGGGGGAGGGGGGGAACUUGAAGAGAGAAAGCCAAGGUCAUUCUGGGAGGUGGUGAGAAAGAUGGCUUAUAAAUGGCAAGCAUUUGUACCAGAGGAGUACCCAUGCUCUCUUGGACCUAUUCAGCUUACAACCUUAGUACUUCUACUACUGUUCCUGCUGCUACUACUGCUCUGAUUUAUAUGGCACCAUCAGCAUGCGUGAUACAGCAACAGGACAGGCCAUUGCCCUGCGCAGCUUACUGUUAUGAUACCAUUACUAGUUACAUGGCACUAUCAGUGUGCAUGGCCCAGGAAGAUGAUAGGUCCCUGCCCCAAGUGGCUUGCAAUUUAAAAUUCCGUGUAGGGGCAAUAGAAAAGGGAGGGAGGUGAAGCUAGGAAUAAACAGAGGAAUGGUUGUUUACACAGCAUGUUAUUUGGGUGACCAUGUGGCUGGCCUUCUGCUUGAAAGUCUGGAUAAAGUAUCCCCCCCCCUUUUAAAAAUCACAAAACCCACCUUCACUGUACCUUGCAAUAAGGAAGUUUAUAAGAUGCACGAAAGUAAAACCAUGUCUGUUGGUUGUAGUUGUUGUUGUUUUUAAUCCAUAUCCCAAGGCAGGGAGGAGUAAUUCUGAUCAGUGUUAGUGAUGGAGCAAUCAUACCUAGUGGAUAGUGUUUGUUCUGGGCUAAUUAAUCGGGAAUAAAUAGGGUGAUCUUGUGGACACUUCCUAAAUGGGCUUGUAAAAGCUAUAUUGGUUUUUAAUGGCUCAUUAUGUUUGUGGUUCAUGGUAGUAAUUUCAAAGACGGUCUUUACAAUGGCAGCUGAACAGAUUAAGCAGAAGAUCUCAAGGGUUGUUUAAUCACUGGCAAUUACAGUCCUUAAGUGAUGCAGUGUAGCAAGCCCCAGAUAGGUCUGUGCCCCAGUUGGGGUGCAGAGUGAUGGUCCCUGCUAUGGAAGGUGGGGCAUCCUCAUUUCUUAGCAGCAUUUGUGUCUUUACAACCCAGGCAAAUGAAAGCCUAUUCAAGUGUGAACACUGUGCUCCAGAUAAUCAGAGUCUUAACCAUACCGGAUUGCAACUCUUGAAUCAGACCAACAAAAGAGGCAAAAUAUUCUCGACAUGAGAAGCUUCAUGGGAUCUGGCCUGAAGGCAUCUAGAGACAAGUUCCGGUUUGAAUUUGAACAAGGCCACACAGAUGGGAAUGAAAGCAGCCUGGAGGCGGCACACAAUUGUUUUGAGGGAUUUGCAGGAGGGUAAUAGUUGUGCUAACCUGAUGCAGGAGGAUCCCAUCAGUUCCCACUAUGCUCUGGUCAUGUAUUUGUAAAUCAAACAUAAUUGCAAAAGGUAGUCGAAUGAGUAGAGUGUGGUGGUCUGGUGAGUAGAGAAUUUGCCUUGACACAGGCAGAUCUUGGUUCAAAUCCCCACAUAGGAUGUUCUCUCUCUCUCUCUCUCUCCUCCCUCCCCACCCCCCCACCUACAAGUGUUUUCUCAUACAGUCGUACCUUGGUUCUUGAAUGGAAUCCGUUCCGGAAGUCCGUUCGACUUUUGAAAAUGUUUGAAAACCAAGACGAAGCUUCCGAUUGGCUGCAGGAGCUUCCUGCACUCAAGCAGAAGCUGUGUCAACCGCGUCGGACAUUCGGCUUCCAAAAAAAGUUUGCAAACCGGAACACUUCUGGGUUUGCGGCGUUCGGGAGUCAAAACGUUCGAAUCACAAGGCGUUCGGGAUCCAAGGUAUGACUGUAUUAGCUGGAGCAACAAUGAGAAACUGAGAGUGGCUGGAAAAGUGGCCUGGUAAUGGGACUGUUGAAUCUUUUUCUCCACUCCCAUUUGGAUGGGUUUAAAUAAAUUGUCAGUGUUUUGUUUCCACAGUAUUUGUGUAUACCUACAAUAUAAUUUUCUUGUUGUUUCAGAUCUGGCAGGAAGAUUAAAAAAACCCGCAAGUAUGACAUCAUCACAACUCCAGCAGAACGGGUGGAAAUGGCCCCCUUAAAUGAAGAUGAUGAGGAUGAUGAAGAUUCCACAGUGUUUGAUAUAAAAUAUAGGUAAGGAGAGGGGGAGGACGGUGUAAACAUAUGGGUGAGUGGGUGGAACUUUUUUAAAGGGGAGUGAUAUCUAUGUUGGUCCAUUUAGAAAUGAAUAAAUUGGACAGUACUUCACUACGAGAUCUCCAACUAAGAAGAUCAACCAUUAUUAGCACUUGUGGAAUCUGAUUAGUGCAACCUUCCCCAAGCUCCAGAUGUUAAUGAGUACAAUUCCCAUCAGCCCCAACAUCAUAUGGCUAUGCUGUCUGGGGGUUGAUGAGGGUUGUAGUCAUUAACAUCUGGAGAGGGUACCAGCGUGGGAAUUUAGGGAAAGGCUGCUUGAAUUAGAUCAGCUUCUACUAGGUACAAAGUCUGAGCCUCCGUUCAUGUACCCCAUCUUCAAGUUUAGUUACAAGCUGCAGACUUAGGUAUCUUUCAAUAUGAUGCCCUCCUUUUUUGUUGUUUUUAAAAUACAGACCAAAGAAGAGUUCUGGAGAACUUGAAAAGUUGCUCACAACUUUGUGAGGGUUCGGUUGGUCCUAACAAAGGUAUUAGCCUACUGCAGGUUUUGGAUUUGUUGCGGGCAGGGGUGGAAAUUAGUGUGUGUUCCCUGCCACUCGCCUUUUCCGCUCCCCUUUACAAAUAAGGCCUGGAAUGUACCGUAUUUUUUGCUCUAUAAGACUCACUUUUUCCCUCCUAAAAAGUAAGGGGAAAUGUGUGUGCGUCUUAUAGAGCGAAUGCAGGCUGCACAACUAUCCCAGGAGCCAGAACAGCAAGAGGGAUCGCUGCUUUCGCUGCGCAGCGAUCCCUCUUGCUGUUCUGGCUUCUGGGAUUCAGAAUAUUUUUUUCUUGUUUUCCUCCUCCAAAAACUAGGUGCGUCUUAUGGUCUGGUGCGUCUUAUAGAGCGAAAAAUACGGUAUUUGGUGGAGUCAUUUCCAACUUUCUGUUGUGAUGAAGAGCAAAGUAAGAGUAACCCUGUCCAGCUCUGUGGGUCCUUGCAGGUCACUGAGGAAGCAGCUGUUAAGUCUGGAUCAAGCACAAAGCAUACAGGACCUUGGACAGCUCCGAGGAGCUUCUGGAGAUGUUGUCUCUGCAGGGAUCCUGAGCCAACUGAAGCUUUAUACAGUGGUACCUCGGGUUAAGAACUUAAUUCAUUCUGGAGGUCCGUUCUUAACCUGAAACUGUUCUUAACCUGAAGCACCACUUUAGCUAAUGGGGCCUCCCGCUACUGCCACGCCGCCACUGCGCGAUUUCUGUUCUCAUACUGAAGCAAAGUUCUUAACCCAAGGUGCUAUUUCUGGGUUAGCGGAGUCUGUAACAUGAAGCAUCUGUAACCCGAGGUACCACUAUACUGGCUAGCAGGGGAAGCAGGCAGGGUCAGCUCCAAGUGGAGAGUAGGCAAGAACAGGACCCUGGCGUACUAUGCUAAAGCAUCUCCCGAGGCCAGCUACAAGAGAUGUGGUCUCUGCAGGGAGCUGAACCUCCCUUUAGGCUGACCAGACUUGAUGUGUGGUAGGCUCUGUGUUCCCUGGAGGAGCUGCCUGACUAGUUGAAGGACCCUCACCUUACUUUGUAGCAAGGUUGUGGGUUACAGAGGUACUGCAAGGUAUGCAACCUCUGAGUCAGAGGAUUGUGGCAAGGCUGUGUCCUUUGGCUGGAAGGGCUGUGAGGUUCUUUCCGCUGCUCUGCCGCCUCCCGUAGGAAGUAGCUUGAGCCUCAUCACUGUCCUCUGAUGUGCAUUUCAAUGUUCCUGACAAAGGUCCGAGAAGGACUGGUGCAGUUGACAAUGGCCAGGCUGGGAAGCAGCGCUUUGCAUCCACACAAGCCUGUCUCUCAACAAACCCUCGCCUUGCAAGACGGUAGAACAGUACAAAAGGAGACAGUUGAAUUCAUCAAAACUUGGGAUGCUUUUCCAUCAUAGCUGGAUCUCCACAGUACCUUUGUUCCUUCUGAUAAUAAAGGCCCCUUUAGAUCAAUACCCGUCCAUAGAAUAUCCCCCCUUUCCAAUGCACAGAUGCCCUUUUGCAUACAGACGUCGAGCAUUGUGUUGUUCAAGGGUGUGUGUGCGUGCUGUUCUCUGGAGGUUGCUUUUAAUUGGGUGUCUUGCAAGUGAGAGCUGGAGGGUCUUUUCUGUACACUGCUAGGUGGAUUGUGUUGGGUGUGAAGCUGGUUUUUGAACACAUUUAUCUCUCAAGCAGGCUGACUUGCCUGCUUGGAAGGCAUAAUUGCUAUUCCAAAAUGGGAUGUGGUGGCAGGGAGAAGGGAAGAAUGACAAGUUUGCUGAGAUGCUUAAACUCCAAGGUGUAAUAAUAAUGAUAAUGAUAAUAAUAAUAAUAAUUAAUAAUAAUAUUUUUUUAACAAUGACAACUACUCAAGAUUGCAACAGCCAGCCUUGAAUUUUCCACCAUCAUUGAACUGUUUCAGCCCAAGGGAAGGAGGAGUAGCACCAAGAGGCUCUUUCUAAGGCAAACAUCUUGCCUGGGCGAUGUCGCUGGGUGCCAUUAGGAGACAGAUCCUGGGGCUGUUUCAUGUAGACCCCCAAAGUGUGUUGCAAGAGUCCUGCUAGCACACUAAGAAAUUGAAACUCUUAAAGCCUCUUAUUGACCCCGAAGCCCUUUCCUCGGUUAGGAGGCGUCAGCCAUGCCUUUUGGUCAGCAGUCAUCCCUCCUGAAAGAGAGAGAUGGAGCAGGUUCAGUCACUGCUCUGUCAGAGAGGUUGCCCACUGAGUCUCUGUGUGAGUUGCCGUUCUGGAUGUGCCUCCUUCCAGGAAUAUAUGUGCUCAGUAUUGUUUCUCUGGCAUUGCCCAUGUUGCCUAUUUGUGGAUAGUGAAUGUGUUGCAAAAUACCUCUUGUCUUUGGCAAAUGUACUUCUGUCUUUCUCUGCCUUUAGUUUUUGAAGUAUUAUUAUUAUUAUUAUUAUUAUUAUUCAUUAAAGUACAUAACAUUCCUAACACUGUACAUAGAUUAAGAGAGAAGACAGUCCCGGCAUGCGGACUCACCAUUUAAUAGAUUCAGCGUGUUAAGGAAAUAAGGAUGGGGGUGGCAGAGGAAAACAAACAUUGGAGAAGCUGCUCCUCCUUUGGUUGAUGGCUGGGGCCACCCUGGGCUCCCCUUUGCUAUGUUCUUCUUCCUGGGAGGCAAGGGGUGCAGCAUCCCGGUGGACACUUAGUCCUUUGGCCAAUGCCAGAAUGUGCCUCCCUUUAACUUGGCUGCCUCAGGUAUCUGGCAGUGGGAGCAAAGUAUUCCCCGUCCCAUGCAUGUUGGGGAGCCACAAACUCCCUUCAGCUGCUCCUUCUUUGACUGCUUGACAGAGCCAAGCUGGUUGCCCACUGCCCAAAAUGGGUUUGGAGCAAAGAGACUAGGUUGGCCACAUACCCAGCUUGUGAGGAUGGCCUGCAUCUUGUUGAAUUUUAUGAGACACACUUCUCUGCCGUUGCUAAUUAUUUCAUUUCUCUUCCAGGUGAGGCUGUUGCACAAGGCUCAUCAGGAUGGAGGUCUCCUGUCAAGAACCUUGCAAGAACCUUGGCAACAGAGGGGAGAAGGAAGACAGAAUCUCAGCAUCAACAAAACUUACAAUUUCCCACUGUUCCAAAAAUAUAUACAUACAUAAUUUAUGAUGGAUUUUGACAGGAGACAGCUGAGCAUCAGGCAUAUCCUUUGCUACUACGUUCCUGGGUACCAGGUUGGAAGAACUGGAGGUGCUUUUCAACUGGAAAAAAACCCUCUCUUUUUGUUUUGUUACAGAUUUGGUUACCUGCAAUGAUUGUAGGCCAACCCAGAGCCCUAGUUAUUAGGAGUGCCAGUUUUGUUUGAAGGCACCCAGGCUAACCAAAAAACUCUCUGCUCAGAAGCUCUAAACUUAGAUGGAUGGUUGUUCUCCACGGCAACUAAAACUCCUGGCAUUGUGUGGUUCUGGGUUGUAGCAACCUCUGCUCAUCUCACAGAAGCUCAGGACUUGUGCAAACUCUGCUGAAUUGAUUGAACCUGUGUAUUGAUGUGUGAAUGUGUGUGUGUUUUGCUUUUUGUGGGUGAGACAUGGGCUGCUGUGAUGACUUGCUACUACUACUGAUAACAAUUGCACUAAUCAUCUGCUCUUGCAAUAAGGCUCUCUGCCUUCUCUCUAAGGGGAUAUCUCCACAAUCCUCUGGGGAGGGCAAACUCUGAGAAGGAGGGGGAGAAAAACCCAGCCAGUUCAGGAGGAAAGGAAAGAUCUUUUUUGGCAACCCCUUGCUCCUCUUUCCCUGUUCCAGAGGAAGUCAGACCUUACUGCCGGGGGGGGGGGGGGACUCACCUGUGACCCUGUAGAUGUUGUUCUGACCGUUGGCUGUGCUGGCUGGGGCUAAAGCGAGUCGGGAGUCCAGUAACCUCUGGAGAACUGCAGGUUCCCGAUUCCUGCCUUACACCGAGUGCUGUUUUGUGUCUGUGUCUCCCUCUGCCUGUGAGUCGCCUCUUUCUCACCUCUAUUGUAUUUCAUGACAAUCUGCAGUGAGGCUAUUAAAGAGCAAUUAGGAUAACUUUGCUUUUUUUGUGUUGUCAUGUGCUCCUGGUCAAAUAUUCUUGUUACCAACCAAAAUGAUUUUUAACAUUGUUUUCAACUUUGGUCGACCAGGGUCCAGCUUUUAACACAAAGCCAAAUACAGUGGAACCUUGGAAGUUGAAUGUAAGCCAUUCCGGAAGCACGCUCGACAUCCGAAAUGUUUGAAUUCCGAGGUGCGGCUUCCGAAUGGCUGACAGCUAGGCUUUUUGCAGAUUGGAAGCCGCAUUGGACAUUCGGGUUCCAAGGAACAUUCAAAAACUGGAACACUUCUGGGUUUUCAAUGUUCGGGAGCCAGAACGUUCAGGAACGGAGUGGUUCGAGAACUGAGGUUCCACUGUAGCUGGUCUCUUUUCCAGCACAGACCAAGUUACCUCCUUGCCAUUGUUAACACAACUGCAUGUUCUACCACGUGUCUCUUUGAAAGACUUCAUCUUCUGUGCAAAGCAGCCUGGAGAGAACAAUUCCCCUUUGCAAUGGCCCUCCCUCUCUCGUCUACAGUUCCCCCGGUCCAGGUUGCAGUCUUCUGGUCCAGCAGCCUCUCAUUCACCCUGAGACCAUGGUGGUACUAUUAUCAAAACCUUCUCUGCAUCCUCAUGGAGGGAUGCUGACUUCUUUUGAUGUUCUGUUCCCAGAACUGGACAUUUAGUAGAGGUCAGCGUUAACAGACCUGCUGCUCUUUGAGAAAGGGAUUGUUUUAAUCCUCUCUGCAUUGCUGCCUUCUGUCCAGUGAACUUACCUGCCCUUCUUGGGACGUGGGUUGAGAAAUAUUCAGGGCUAGCCACGGGAGGCUCGCCUGCCUUUUGCUUCUUUGCUGUCACACAGAAACCGAAAACCUCUCAUCAACUCUUAGGAUUUCCUGAUUUCUUGGAACUGGGUGGAGUUCUCCAUGGGUGGGUGUUAUUCUUGGGGCAGAUUUCAAAUAAAAUAGAACUGUUUUGAG